AUGGCCUCCGGGGCGGGCGGGAGCUGGGGUGGCUCCGCACCAGACACUGCAGCCCCUACGCCCUGGGUGACCAUCCUGCAGCCCCUUCCGUGGGCCGUCCCACCUCCGCCCCCGCCGCCAGGCCGCGUGAAGGCAGACCUGCUGGAGCUGAUGCUGCUGCAGAACGCGCAGAUGCAGCAGCUGCUGCUGAGUCGCCUGGUGGCGGGGACGCUGAACUCGGGGCCCAACUCGCCGCGCCCGCAGAUCUACCUGGAGAGUCAACAGGAAGAGUCUGAGGAGGAGGAGGAGAUGCAAGCCCAGGAGGAAGGGCCUUUGGUGUUUCACCAUCACUACCUGCCCUUCCCACUGCCCUCUCUGGGCCCCCUGCUACCCUGGCCAGCUGUUUUCCUUCCCCCUCCUGCAUGUCAGCCCCACUUGCAGGACGUGACCAGGAUUCAGCACUGCCCUCCUGCCUCCAGGAAAAGUGGGGGGAGAGCUGUGCCCCCCCCACCACCUCUUAGUGCCACAGGGACAGUGGGUGCGGAUGUUCCCCCGGCUUCAGACUACUAUGAUGUGGAGAGCCUACUGUGA